AGAAGCGACGGAUCUACCGGAAAAGGGACAGCAGAAGAAGAAAGGGACCCAUGCAGUCCAGUGAGGGUAGUUGUGAAACAAGCUGCUGAUGCCACACAUUAAUUUUUUGUUACGUACAUGCGUUGUGUAGAGUGACAAUAAGAGCCGUGCUCCUCGCAGCUGUUAAAGUUGAUCCUGAGGAAGAAUCUGACCUGUUAAUGCUGAAGACAUGAGUUCAGAAAGGCAGGAAGGUAAGCAUGCUGUGCUAGCCGCCGGCUAAAGCUAACUCUGAAGUUAAUCAAAGUCUGAAUGAAAAAUUAGUGCAGAUGUUGUACCCUGUUCAUAAAAACAUGUAAACAAAGUACUUCUAAGAUAAACUAAGGUGUUAAUAUAUUCCUUUUACCACAAAUGUCGUUGUUAAGGACUGUAUGUUGUUGCUGUGCAGGUACAUCCCAGUGUUUAACCUUGAGCAGCAUCCAUAGUGACAUAUGUUAAAGUGAUCUCUCAGUAGUUCACCUGAUUUCAGAGAAACUCACAUUGACAGUCACUGAAAAGAUGUCAAUGUUUUCCGUCAUUGCUCUCAUGAACAUUAUCACUCAUUGUGCUGUUGUUGGGGUGAAGUUCACGGAUUCAUCUGUUUUCUUGUUGAUUUGCCAUUUAAGAGCAACAAUAAUACUUUUAUAGUAAACCCAAGUUUCUGAGAUCAAUAUAGAGCAAACAUUAAUAGGAUAUUCCAGCGUAGAUUUAAUAUAGGGUAAAACACAACAUAACACUGAGUUAGACACCCCCUCGAGAGAUGAAUGUUGCUGACCGCUUGCUUCUCUAGUUUUACCAACUUUAGUAACGACCGCAGGAUAACAAUACACAGCGGUCUGAGGAGCCAUACACAAACCUCAACCAAAACGCCACUCUAUAGCCACAAAUAAUGCUCAGAACAGCACCUAACUUCAUCUACAGUACAUAUAGGGUCCCAGCCAUUGUACUAGCCACCAAACAUCUUUUUAACUUUGACUAAUUUCUUUAGCAAAGAGACUAAACACAACUAAUCUACUCUGUUCCAGCAGCAGUUUGUUUGUAGCGAGACCUCCCGAUUAAAAUUAUGAUUAUUACUUUAAGGAAAUGAUAAAGUAAUGAUCAUAAAUGUUCGUCCUUGAGCUGCGUCACCCGGUGUAGUCCAUAAUGGACUGGCCGAGGUCUCGCUACAGACAAGUGGCCGCUGGAAGAGAGUAGGUGAGUUGUGUCUAGUCUCUUUGCUAAAGAAAUUAGGCAACGUUAAAAAGAUGUUUGGUGGCUACUACUAUGGCUGGUACCCUAUAUGUACUGUUGAUGAAGUUAGGUGCUGUUCUGAGCAUUAUUUGUGGCUAUAGAGUCGUGUUUUGGUUGAGGUUUGUUUAUGGCUCCUAGACCGCUGUGUAUUGCUAUCGUGUGGUGGUUACUAAAGUUGUUAUAACUAGAGAAGCAAGCAGUCAGCAACAUUCAUCUCUCGAGGGGGUGUCUAACUUGGUGUUACGGUGUUUUUGACCCUAAAUUAAUUUUAGGCCGGAAUAUCCCUUUAACUACAUAGAUCCUAAACAAGCCUCUGUGUUAAAGGAGGGCCUGUUGCUGAUGGUUUGUGUGCCUUCUCUUUGAACAUUUCACACACCAGGUAAAGAUCGAAUCAUCUUUGUCACCAGAGAGGAUCAUGCGACACCCAGCAGUGCUGAGCUUGUAGAGGAAGAUCCAGAUGAUCCAUAUGAGGAGAGAGGUGAGCAGCACGAAAUCCUGAAUGUGAACCUGAUGUCUGGAUAAUUUAGAGCUUUGUAGAAAUGCUUCAAUGGCUGCACAUGAAGUACUAUGUCGUUUUUCAUCCCAGGUUUGAUUCUGCCCAAUGGGGAGAUCAACUGGAACUGCCCCUGCCUGGGAGGGAUGGCCAGUGGUCCCUGUGGAACUGAAUUUAAAGAAGCCUUCUCCUGUUUCCACUAUAGUAAGGAAGAGGUGAAGGGAUCUGAGUGCUUAGAACAGUUCAGGUCUAUGCAGGAGUGUAUGCAGCGUUACCCUGAACUCUAUCCACAGGAAGAUGAGAAGGAGCCAAAAGAGCAAUCAUCGGAAACAGAGCAAACCUCAGAAGACUCGGCAUCUGCAGAAAGAUCGGGUGCAAACUCAACAGCUGCCACUGAGAAAGACUCUAACGCCACACAGCCCAACACAGAGAGUUCAGUUGAAAGUUAAUAAUGUGUGUCUGUGGGAAUAGAGAUCUUAAGUCCAAAUGAAAAACCUAUUCAUGCUGUCAGAAAAUCACAGACAUGUUUUUUUAUUCACAGUAAAUGUUAGAAAACACAAUAUUAUAAAGUUCAAGCUGCAUUGAUGUGUUGAAUUUGAUAGACUUACGACUUCAGGCUGAGUGACUGUCACAUGAGCAGGUGACAAAGUAGAAACUUAUCAACAUGAUGUUCAGUGGGUUCAUUUCCAUGCUGUUCAUGUGCUGCAGCUGAACUGCUUGAUAGUUGCCUAGCCUGCAAACUGACAACAGCAGUGAAUCUGUUACAGUAGAGUUAAAAUUCAAGGCAAGACUUCAAAUCAUGUUUGUAAAUUUGGUUGAAAAGAGAGUUAAGCAGAAUCAUUCAGGUUUUACUGUAUUAUAAAAAUAAUAAUGAAAUCAAAAAUAUAAAUUCAGACUUUGAUUUGUUUCCAGAGAGGAAUGGUGAACAUGUGAUUUACAGAAGUGAUAUAUAUAUAUAUACUAUACUUGACAAAAGAUGACAUCAAACUUGAGGUGAACUUUCAACCUUCUGGAGUGAGUAAGGUGACUUAUACAUUUCCAAAUCUAAAGAAAAAAUGCCUAGAGUUUGGUUUCAGAACUGUUUUUGGGUUUACCCAAAAAAUAAGGUAUUAUUCACAAAUUCAGAGGACCAAAUUGGGAGUACACAUUGAGGUGUGUAAUUUUUUGUAGACUGAGUGUGAUGGAGCGAUUUCACUGUGCUUGGAUUUACCCUUAAAACAUGUUAGACGAUCCUUGUACUUUUAGAAAUAUCAGUUCUCUCCUAUCUCUCAAACAGAUCACUUCAAACAUAUAUCAGGUGUUUCUUUACUCACAUAUUGAACUUAAACUCAAAGUUUUUUUUGAUGAUGCUAUUAACAAAUUCUUAAAUUUACAAUGUUGUGAGGAUUAUACUGAAAAAGCCCAAAUCUCCCCACUGUGGGAUGUUGUGUAGUGUGUUUCCACUGUUGCUGUCUGUCCUGUACGACAUUUUUUCUGCUAACUUAUUACCAGACUACACGUGUACCUCAGCUGAACUUCAAGGGUUAUUUUAUGUUCAACACAGAACUGAUUUAAGUGACUUGAAGUGAAUAUAGUAUAACAUUUUUAUUAAAAAAAAAUUACAUGUU